AUGGAAUCUCGUCUAAAUGAUUCCUCGGAUGCUGUCCCUGGUUCAGUCUCUGUAAAAAGAAGCAUACUCUACCUGGACGCUUAUGACUCAUUCUCCAACAAUGUGAUUUCUAUGCUGGAAGAAAAUCUAGAUGUCCGGGUGACAGUUUUGACAGUCGACUCGGAAUGGCCCGAACAGGGAAUGAAUAGCUUUCUCGCUGGCUUCGAUGCCGUUGUCUUGGGACCGGGACCAGGGAAUCCAGAAUGUGCAGCAGACGUUGGUAUCAUGAGAGACGUGUGGGGUCUCAAAGAAGAAAACCUAGUCCCUGUGCUCGGCAUUUGUCUCGGCUUUCAAAGUUUGUGUCUUCAUCAUGGCCUGUCUAUCAAGCGGCUCCCGUGCCCUUUGCAUGGCCAGGUACAUCGAUUGAGCAAUGAAAACGGUGAUAUCUUUGCGGGAUUGGAUGAUUUUGAAGUCACUUUGUAUCAUUCUCUAUAUGCGUCGACGGAUGAUAUUAAAGAUGAAACUUGUCUAGAAGACUCUACUGGACCACUUUCGUUUCUUGCUUGGUUGCCAGUCGAGGAGACUGAAAUGCAAACUCGAAGAAUCCCAAUGGCGGUUCGCCACAAGCAAAGGCCCUUUUGGGGCUUUCAAUUUCACCCAGAGUCUUGCAAGUCUGACGCCAAUGCUUGCAAAGAACUGCUAAGUAGGUGGUGGGCAGCAGCUAUGGAUUUUAACCGAGACUCGUCACGUUGCAUUCAGCCUGCUUCAAUCGAGCAGCCUGUGAGCAACUCUACGGGGUCAACUACGCACAAACAUCUGGAAACUAUUUUUGACAGUUUAACAUCGGACACUGCGCAAGAAUGCUUUCGCCGUUCAUUUUCCCUGCAAGACUUGUGUGCAGAGAAUAUCUUUGAGUUGGUCAACACUCCUGGUUCCCCAUCGGUACUAUUUCAGUCGAAUGGAAGAUACAGUAUCAUGUCGAUUUUGUCCCCCCAGAGUUGGAGAAUGGAAUACUUUGUUCCAAGCGAGACCCUUGAUAUCCACACGAUCAACACGCCGACCACAACAACCGAGAAACAAAUCAGCAUCUCAGUGGAUGCCCUUUGGGAUGCGCUUAGGCAUGUAAUGAACAAGAGGAGGGUUUUAUCAGGAAGACAAGACGUUCCCUUUUGGGGAGGAUUUCUGGGAUAUUUUUCCUACGAAAUGGGGCUUGCUGGCCUGGCUCAUCCCAAAACAUCGCCACUUCGAUCAUCUGAUCCUUGGAAUAUAAUAUCAGGCGAGAAAGAAAGCGACGCUGUUCCUGAUGUCAGCUUGUUGUGGGUCGAGAGAAGUAUUGUCAUUGACAAUAAUCUGCAGACCAUUCACAUUCAAUCAACGCGAGAAGCCGAUGAUAUUUCGAACGGCUGGUUAGACGUGAUUAAUGAACGAAUCUGCGAGUAUGCUUCCGUUCAAAGAAGCCAAGAAGCUGUUACAACAACUGCUUCCAAAACGAUUGAAAUUGAGCGCCAUAACUUUCUGACCUCCACGGAAAGAGAACUGGUCGACAAACUCCUUGAAGGAUCUAAGAUGAUUACACCUGAUGAAGCGUCAUACAAGCUCAAAAUUGACGAGUGUCAGCAAGAACUCAAGGCGGGAGAGUCUUACGAACUUUGCCUUACUGGGGAGACAGCCAUUACUUUGCCAGCAAUUGCGGAUGAAAAUCUCCGCAAGUUGCGUCCAUGGCUGAUAUACAAAAAGCUCAAGGCAUACAACCCGGCUGUUUUUAGUGCAUAUGGUUGCCUUGGUCGUGUCAAGAUAGCGAGCAGCAGUCCCGAAUGCUUUCUCAAUUGGGAUAGGAAAUCGACUCUCGAGAUGAAGCCCAUGAAGGGAACGGUACGAAAGUCCCCGGGGAUGACCUUUGAGAAAGCCAAGGAGAUUCUUGGAUCAACCAAGGAGAUGGCAGAAAAUCUCAUGAUUGCGGAUUUGAUCCGCCACGAUUUGUAUGGAAUCUGUGGAUCAGGAAAUGUGCAUGUUGAAAAGCUGCUAGAAGUCGAAGACUACGGCCGUGUCUACUCGAUGAUUACGCACGUCAAAGGAGUUGCUGCCGAUGAAAAAUCGGUCGAAGCUCACAGCACAAGCAUGGCUGUACACGGUCUAACAACUCUUCAGCGCUCUUUGCCACCAGGCUCUAUGACCGGAGCGCCCAAGGAACGUUCAUGCAUGCACCUCGAUCGGAUAGAAGGGAGACAGCGUGGAUUAUACUCGGGCGUCAUGGGGUAUCUUGACCUCGGCGGCGCUGGCAGUUUCUCCGUUUUGAUACGAACUGCAUUUAGCUGUUCAGACGACGAUACCGAGAACAGCCCCGAAGUAUGGCGUGUUGGCGCCGGAGGGGCUGUGACUAUUCUGAGUACGGCUCAAGGCGAGUGGGAUGAGAUGAUCACGAAGCAGAGAACGGUGGCCAGUAUAUUUGGGCCUGCCAAGUAA